AUGGUCAUGCCUCGACGAUACAUCCGCAUAUUUGUAACCUGGUUAAGGCUCAUUGUCAAGAAGACUGCACUUCGCUCAUACAAAAUUCUCUCUAUCCUCCUGCGAAUUAUCCGGCGUUGGCAAGAUGUCAUGAACAAAAAGAGAGAGAACUUGUCAAGAGCGGGGUUCAGCGUCGAACACUCACCUAAUCGAACAAGAGCAGUUGCCGCACGUUUAUAUCGUGAGGGGUACCAAUCUGAAACUGACGAAACAAAUAUCGUGGCUCUGAGCCCCAUCACACCCGCGGAGAUUAGGCGAUGCGACGAGCCGGAUGUAAAGGGUACACCAGGGAUUAUAUAUGACCUCGAGGUUGGGGGAGGCCCUUUCGACAAUCCAGAGGCGGCAAAAAGUUUGGCUACUACUUUGUUGAUCAUGACAGACGUCAUUUUCUGGUUCAAAAGCCGUACAUAUCGUGGAGACAAAGCUACGCCGGAUGUAGAACGCAAACACCAUGUCAGGUAUGCACUAGAAUCACAGUACUGGUCUGUAUGGCCUCACGGAACACAUUUGUUUCCAAACAAACGAGGCUCUCUUCAGGAGGCUGCUGUUGUGACUUAA